CGCUGCCCUGGAUGUCGCCUUCCAUCGCUGUCGCCCCGUCCCCGUGGUGUCCCCGACGCUCCGGAACGUCCCUGCUUCCCGGGAUCCUCGCUCUCCGUCGCCGCCAUCACGUCACUACGCACGCACGCCGCUCCUAUUGGAUGACGGGACAGCGUGCGCGCGACAUGAUGACGUCGAAGAAGAGCGCCGGCGAUGGAGGGGAUUGUGAAGAUGAUGCUCCGGAGCCCCGAGGACAGGUUCCUCCAACCCAGGAUCCUCUGCUGAUAUCUUCUAUGUAAGAGAAGUUUCCUGAUCAACUAUGGAGAGAGACAGGAACAAGAUGGCCGACAGGAUAAUAGACCUCACCCUACAGAUACUCUUCCGUCUUACUGGAGAGGAUUACACAGUAGUGAAGAAGUCCUCUAGUGGGCGCUGUCGGGCCCCUGUGUGUGAAGGAUGGGGAAGAACCCUGAGCCCAAUCCCGGGGCCCCCACCUCACCCCCUGAUACAUGAGGAAAUGGAUGAACAGAAGAUCCUAGAACUGAUCAACAAGAUGAUGGAGCUGCUGACUGGAGAGGUUCCUAUAAGGUGUCAGGACGUGGCGGUCUAUUUCUCCAUGGAGGAGUGGGAGUAUGUAGAAGGACACAAGGAUCAGUACAAGGAUCAGGUGAUGAUGGAGGAUCAGCAGCCCCUCACAUCAGCAGUCAGAUCCAGUAAGAGAACAGCAGCAGAGAGGUGUCCCCGUCCUCUUCUUCCACAGGAUCAGGUUCUGAAUCAUAGUGGAGAUCUAAACUAUAUUAAUGGUAUAAAUGUUAUAAUAAAAGAAGAAGCGGAGACAGAUGUGAGCAGUGAUGAGCAGUAUAAGGAGGACAUUCCUACAGAUGACCACCCAGAUUAUUGUAUCAGGAGAUCAGAGGGACACCUGAUAUCUUCAGCAAUGAAUGUGAAGGAUCGUAUCACACAAGAUACAUAUGAAGAACAUUACGUUAUCUCAGAUACACCCUCAGCCCUUCACAGACAAGAUCUGUCAUGUGAUCUUUUUAAUCCAGUCCUACUUUUUCAUUCUCCACCGGCUGUUAAGCAAUAUAAAGAGAAGCCAUUUUCAUGUUCACAAUGUGGGAAAUGUUUUAGUAAGAAAUCAGAUCUUGUUAAACAUCAAAGAACUCACACAGGAGAGAAGCCAUUUUCAUGUCCAGAAUGUGGGAAAUGUUUUUCUCAGAAAGCAAAUCUUGUUAAACAUCAGAAAAUUCACACAGGGGAGAAGCCAUUUUCAUGUUCAGGCUGUGGAAAAUGUUUUAUCCAGAAAUCAGAUCUUUUUAAACAUCAAGGAACUCACACAAGAGAGAAGUCCUUUUCAUGUUCAGAGUGUGGGAAAUGUUUUAUUAAGCAAUCAACUUUUCUUCAACAUCAAAAAUUUCACACAGGGGAGAAGCCAUUUUCAUGUUUACUAUGUGGGAAAUGCUUCACCCAGAAAUCAGAUCUUGUUAGACAUCAAAGAACUCACACGGGUGAGAAGCCAUUUUCCUGCUCAGAGUGUGGGAAAUGUUUCACUCAGCGAUCAGAUCUUGCUCACCAUCAAAAAAUUCACACAGGGGAGAAGCCAUUUCCGUGUUCGGAAUGUGGUAAAUGUUUUACUGAUAAAUCACAUCUUGUAAAACAUCAAAGAAUCCACACAGGAGAGAAGCCAUUUUCAUGUGCAGAAUGUGGGAGAUGUUUUACCGAGAGAACGCAUCUUGUUAAACAUCAAAGAACUCACACAGGGGAGAAGCCAUUUUCAUGUGCAGAAUGUUGGAAAUGUUUUGCUGAGAAAUCGACACUAAAUAGACAUCUAAGAAUUCAUAUAGGGGAGAAGCCAAUUUAUGCUGGAAAUCGAAACACCUCGGAAAGACGUUAUUUCCAUUCAAAAGGUUCCUCCAACCCAGGAUCCUCUGCUGUUAUCUUCUAUACAGUAGUGAAGAAGUCCUCUAGUGGGCGCUGUCGGGCCCCUGUGUGUGAAGGACGGGGAAGAACCCUGAGCCCAAUCCCGGGGCCCCCACCUCACUCCCUGAUACAUGAGGAAAUGGAUGAACAGAAGAUCCUAGAACUGAUCAACAAGAUGAUGGAGCUGCUGACUGGAGAGGUUCCUAUAAGGUGUCAGGACGUGGCGGUCUAUUUCUCCAUGGAGGAGUGGGAGUAUGUAGAAGGACACAAGGAUCAGUACAAGGAUCAGGUGAUGAUGGAGGAUCAGCAGCCCCUCACAUCAGCAGUCAGAUCCAGUAAGAGAACAGCAGCAGAGAGGUGUCCCCGUCCUCUUCUUCCACAGGAUCAGGAUCAGGUUCUGAAUCAUAGUGGAGAUCUAAACUAUAUUAAUGGUAUAAAUGUUAUAAUAAAAGAAGAAGCGGAGACAGAUGUGAGCAGUGAUGAGCAGUAUAAGGAGGACAUUCCUACAGAUGACCACCCAGAUUAUUGUAUCAGGAGAUCAGAGGGACACCUGAUAUCUUCAGCAAUGAAUGUGAAGGAUCGUAUCACACAAGAUACAUAUGAAGAACAUUACGUUAUCUCAGAUACACCCUCAGCCCUUCACAGACAAGAUCUGUCAUGUGAUCUUUUUAAUCCAGUCCUACUUUUUCAUUCUCCACCGGCUGUUAAGCAAUAUAAAGAGAAGCCAUUUUCAUGUUCACAAUGUGGGAAAUGUUUUAGUAAGAAAUCAGAUCUUGUUAAACAUCAAAGAACUCACACAGGAGAGAAGCCAUUUUCAUGUCCAGAAUGUGGGAAAUGUUUUUCUCAGAAAGCAAAUCUUGUUAAACAUCAGAAAAUUCACACAGGGGAGAAGCCAUUUUCAUGUUCAGGCUGUGGAAAAUGUUUUAUCCAGAAAUCAGAUCUUUUUAAACAUCAAGGAACUCACACAAGAGAGAAGUCCUUUUCAUGUUCAGAGUGUGGGAAAUGUUUUAUUAAGCAAUCAACUUUUCUUCAACAUCAAAAAUUUCACACAGGGGAGAAGCCAUUUUCAUGUUUACUAUGUGGGAAAUGCUUCACCCAGAAAUCAGAUCUUGUUAGACAUCAAAGAACUCACACGGGUGAGAAGCCAUUUUCCUGCUCAGAGUGUGGGAAAUGUUUCACUCAGCGAUCAGAUCUUGCUCACCAUCAAAAAAUUCACACAGGCGAGAAGCCAUUUCCGUGUUCGGAAUGUGGUAAAUGUUUUACUGAUAAAUCACAUCUUGUAAAACAUCAAAGAAUCCACACAGGAGAGAAGCCAUUUUCAUGUGCAGAAUGUGGGAGAUGUUUUACCGAGAGAACGCAUCUUGUUAAACAUCAAAGAACUCACACAGGGGAGAAGCCAUUUUCAUGUGCAGAAUGUUGGAAAUGUUUUGCUGAGAAAUCGACACUAAAUAGACAUCUAAGAAUUCAUAUAGGGGAGAAGCCAAUUUAGUGCUCUAAGUGAUGCAGUU